CGUGUCCGGGCAGUGAGUGGUAGCUGUCACCGCUCACCACACGCACACACAGCCGCUGUAGGAGCGCAGUUCAUCGGAUAAGGACGCCGGUUUUUGCUCGUUUUAUUCCGCAUCAGUCCCAGUAACGAGCUCGCCAUGAGUUUCGUGGAGUACUCGGACUGCAUCCAGGACGGAGACGUCGCCAUCGUCUACCUGAACCACAACUCCGUGAUGCCCGUCAAGGUGCAGCAUGGCGCCCAAACGCAGACCCGCUACGGGGUGAUCCGCCACUCCUCGGACCUGAUCGGCCAGCGCUACGGCUCCAAGGUGACCUGCAGCAAGGGCGGCUGGGUCUACGUCCUCCACCCAACGCCGGAGCUGUGGACCGUCGCCCUGCCGCACCGAACCCAGAUCCUCUACACCACCGACAUCGCCACCAUCACCAUGAUGCUGGAGCUGAAGCCCGGCUCCGUCGUCUGCGAGUCCGGUACCGGCAGCGGCUCGCUGUCCCACGCCAUCCUGCGCACCAUCGCGCCCACCGGCCACCUGCACACAGUGGAGUUCCACCAGCAGCGGGCCGAGAAGGUCCAGGAGGAGUUCACGGAGCACCGGGUGGCCCACCUGGUCACCGUCCGGAACCAGGACGUCUGCAAGGAUGGCUUCGGGGUGAGCGGGGUGGCCGACGCCGUCUUUCUGGACAUCCCGAGUCCCUGGGAGGCAGUGGGCCACGCCAGGGCUGCCAUGAAGAGGCAAGCAGGCGGCCGGCUCUGCUCCUUCUCUCCCUGCAUCGAGCAGGUCCAGAGAACCUGCCAGGCUCUGGUGGAUCAGGGCUUCGAGGAGAUCAGCACCCUGGAGGUCCUGCUCAGGGUCCACGACGUCCGGACCGUCUCCCUGCCGCUGCCGGACUUCGGACCCGACUCUCGGACCGAGACGUCUCCGAACCACGCAGCCAUCAGCCUGAAGACCACGACGGCGCCCAGAGAGAUGCCGGGUCACACAGGAUACCUGACCUUCGCCACCAAACCCAGAACCUAAAGCCGAGCGGUUUUCCCUCUGACAGGGUUCAUAAUCCACCGUUAUGAGACUGAUAAUCCAGCGGUGGUACCAGCUUCCUCCAGGACCCGGCUGGCACUGCAGCGCCAAGAGGAUUUACACUUCCCUGUUACAUAACUCAGUUUUAUGUCGCUCGGUUUCGCUGCUUGCAUCAAGCACUGAGAAGAUUAGAACUUUUGGAUCCUAACUUGAUUAUUUGCCUCCUUUUUUUUUUUUAUAUAUAUAUGAAAGUCAUUUUUAAUCUUCGCUUUCAUUUGUUGGGGGGAAGAAAUAGAGGAGGGUUUUUUUUAACUUUUUUUUUUUCCUAUUUUGCACAUUUGUAUUCAAGUAAAAAAAAACAAUAAAUGUGUGAAAAGAUUCUUGUUUUUGUGUUGAACUGCUGCAUCUCCAGACAGAAGGAGGCUUUAAAGACCUUUACAAGUCUGACCUUUUGAAAAAAACUAAAACCUGAUAAAUCUGCCCAAACUCAGAGUCUGCCAGAGCACAACAGUGGAAACGACACUUUUAUCCCUAAAUAAGUUAAAUUAUGGAGGCAUUCGUUAACUUGAGCUGUUGGAAUUUGAAGGUUUUCUUCUUGAGGUUCUUUCAAAUCGUAGUUUGACCACAAAAAAAAGUAACUGAGCCUCGACUGACUGAUGUUGUUUCUCUGCUCUUUAAGCAAACGCAGACGAGAUGUGCCGGGGAUUAAAUCAUACCAGCGGCUAAAAUAAGCAGAUCCGUUUGUACGUGACAGCCGAGUCCA